UCAUUUUAUUAUUUUAUGUUAGCUUAUAUCUAUUACUUUUUGGUUGUUGAAUUCUGUUGUAUUGUAUACAACGUUCAUGUCGAAAUAGAGAUGAUAAUAUUUAAAUAUGCCAAAUGCCACUUUGAUUCAGAUUAAGCCUAAUAAAAGGCUCAGAUGAAGCAGUCAUGCUGUCUAUAUUUUAGUCCAUCUCUCCAUCUCCACGACUGCCCCUCUGCGUCCGCUUGCGCGACGCGUUGCGUGGCGUAGUGAGCGGGGCUUGCAGUCAACAGUAAGCUUCCUUGUGCAUGUGCACCAUGCAAUCGGUCACUAUUGGGUGAAUCGUAUCUGUCUCAUGGCGACAUAUAUCUCACAUUCCUGCGCGAUUCGACCAGAGGAAUGCAACGUGCGUGAAUGCUUUGUGGCAAGUGAUAGAAUGUUCCUGCAGUCAAGAUCACUGAGCUCCUUGUUGUGAUGACCUACAGCUCCUUUAAUGUACACAGACAGAAGCCAUCAGAUGAAUAAGCAGCACUUAUACAGGCAUGGAUUCAAACCACACAUAUGGACCAGUACCUACAGACGAGCCCAGUAAAAGCAGAUGGGGUCUGAUUCUCCUCUCCCUCACUCUUUCUCUGUUGGCUGUGCUGACCACUGCGAUGAACUGCUUGGUCAUCACAGCGAUCAUUGUCACGCGCAAGCUACACCAUCCCGCCAACUAUCUAAUCUGCUCUCUGGCUGUGACUGACCUUUUGGUGGCCAUAUUAGUUAUGCCCUUCAGCAUAGUCUACAUCAUGAAGGAGACAUGGAUCAUGGGUCAAGUAAUGUGCAAUGUCUGGUUGAGCGUAGACAUAAUCUGCUGCACAUGCUCCAUACUGCAUCUGGCAGCUAUCGCUGUGGACCGCUACCAUUCCAUCACAAAUGCUGUGGAGUACUCCAGGAAAAGGACAUCUCUACGGGCCGCUGUCAUGAUCAUCAUGGUGUGGCUCCUCUCUGUAGUUGUCUCACUUCCUCCACUGCUCUGGAGACACUAUAAAACAAAAUCAGAAAACGAGUGCAUCAUUAAGCACGAACACAUUGCCUUUACAAUUUACUCAACAUUUGGGGCUUUUUACAUUCCUCUGAUUCUCAUUCUCAUUCUCUACUAUAAGAUUUACCAAGCAGCAAAGACGCUUUAUCACAGGAGAGGGGCCAGCUGCCUCAACAACUCAGAGAUGAAUGGACACAUGCUACCAAAGUGCAGCGACAGGGAGCCUACGAUUCCCGACACCAUGAGCCCCCCUGAGAAAUCGGUGUCUGAACCCUCCACCGAAUGUGACAGAGUGCGCAUCGCUGUGAAAAGCCCAGAGUCUCAGUCUUGUAGAGACAGGUCUGUCAGAAGACAUCGCAUCUCAAGCACUCGUGAGAAGAAGGCGGCAACCACCCUGGGGCUUAUUCUAGGGGCAUUUGUUAUCUGCUGGCUGCCGUUCUUUAUCCAUGAGGUGAUUGUUAACAUCUGUACCUCCUGCAACCCCUCUGCUGAGAUGUCUAACUUUCUUACUUGGUUGGGUUAUCUUAACUCCCUCAUCAACCCACUGAUUUACACCAUCUUUAAUGAGGAUUUCAAAAGGGCUUUUCAAAAGUUAAUCAAAUGCAAGAGUUAUCUCUAACACAGAGGAAUUACAUUAUCUGUGACAAUGUACGACAUAUGAAAUGAAAGAUUCUCAAGGCACCAUUUGGGGGUUUCCAGAUGCCACAUAUGGGGGUUUCAUAGUUCCUAUAACUAUUGGAAGUACCCGCUUUUUGUUGUGUUCAUACCCACAGGAAUUCCAAGACAUGAACAUACAGAAAGCUAAUGGUAAUAGCAUUUCCCUGUCAUUUUUUAUGCAGUGUUGGGUUCUGCAGCCUCUAUGAUAUGUGGCCUGCAAGUUUUCGUAGGAGAUUUGAUUGAAUGCAGUGCAUAAAUGACAACGCUGUCGGAUGUCUUAUGUUACUUCAGAGGUCCUAGAGUGCUGCCAGUGUGAAUGGGACCAGGAAUGACCGUAGGGCAGGGUUUCCCAAAUGGGGUUUACAAACCACUGGUAGUUCGCGAGGGAAUUGCAGGGGGUUCGUGAGUUGGGAUACUGUCUGCCUAUCAUUGUACAUACAAGUUGUUUCCAUUACUUUGAAAAAAGUUAAAUUGCAAAAAAAUGUUACAGGUUUAACAAUAACAAUUUUGUGAAAUACAACUACAAUAAAUGUUACGUAAAACCUCAGGGGGUACUUCAAGUAUAAAAAUAAGGUUUCAGCUGACAAUAAAGUUUGAAAACUUUUUAGUUGUUGAUGUAGCACCCUGGUGGCUUGUUCAUAUUACAGAUUCCUAUACAGUCCAAAACAUAGAUAUUUUUAACUAGAUGCUGCAUUAGCAGCUGUUUGUAUGGGCCGCUACAUGUAGGUCGUCUGCCAUAUUGGAACGGUAAGAGACGGUUUGUGAACUAGUGUUGCCAAAUUUACAGUUCCCUUUCUGUCGGUCUCUCGACGUUGUGUCGAACCGACAGAAUGGGGUUUGUCUUGAGAACCUAUCAUCUUCUGAGUAUUUAGAAAAGGCCAAUGAAAAUUGGCGAAUGAAAUUUGCAUGCCGGGCUCCUCCCCGGAUGUCCGGGUAUAAGAGGGAAGCCGGCGUGCUCAUUCAUUCACCUUUUGUCCUUCAGAGCCUACGCAUCUGAUGAGCUUCUCUACGAUCUUUGGUGAUCAUUUUUCUGCUGGAAUCUACGACGUGGACAGCGGACGGUCCCUUCCUGCAGUGACUCUCCCCUGGGCGUCUCGGCAGUUCCGGAGGUGUUCGAGCAAAUUUCCUUUUCUAAAAGAGCAAAUUUCUCCAGCGUGGCUUGUCCCGCUGUUCUCAUGGGUGCAACACACUCAUCGAGGAGGGGGACGGACACAAUGCCUGCUUCCAGUACGCUGGGGCAGACGUUGUGGAUACGUCCUGCCCGCACUGCGGGUGGUGACGAUUCAGACGUUGCGUCACAGGUGGCUGUGUUCCCACGGGACUCAGCCACCACCUCGUUUGCUCCCCGUUCCGUGGCGGCAGGACUACGGCCCUGCCGUCCGCUAUGGCAAGCAGCGAGGGUGAUAUGAGGAUUACUGUGAGCGAUAAUCCGCCAGCCACGGCUCACGGACCGUUCACACCUCGUUUCGCUCG